CAGUGUUGAAAAAUAUUUCAUACAAUUGGAAACUUCGGUUUUCGCGCUGCGUAGUUGUCGUUUUGCUGUUUUCCCCCGUUGUCGUUUUUUUUAACAGUUGCGCAACAAUACCAAAAACAAAAAUCCAUGCAAUAUAGCAGGACGCGACGCGGCGCGUUUUUGUUCACAUAAAAAAUGAUCAACAGUUUUAGUGUGGCAGGUGCGGGCGCAGGUGCUGCGGCUGCUGCUACAAUUAAGCUGCAUUUUAAUUACAACAACAAAAGCAAUAGCAACAACAGCACUAACAGCAACAGCAGUAGCAGUAAAAUUGUGCCAGCAACAGAAAAUGAGCACAAAAGCCACAACUUAAUCAGCAGUGCCACCCCAGCAACAGCAACAACAACAACAAUAGCAGCAACAGCUGUGACAGCGACUACCACUGCGAAAAUGUUUAAAAUAACACAAAGCGAAGUUGAAGCAAAGCAUUAUUUAAUGACUUAUCCACAACAACAACAGCAACAACAAAAGAAACAGCAACAGCAACAAAAGCGAAGCGCAGUACUCAUUUUGCCCAGCAAAGCAAAUACCUCAGCAACAAGCACCAAAGAUUCGCAGUUUAAACAUGUCAAUCUACAGUCCAACAACAAUAACAACAAUAACAUGCAGCAGAAGAUUGCAACAACAACAACAGCAUUAGCCAAAAGUGUCUUAGAUGGCUGGACAAUGCCACCGCAACAACAACAGCAGCAGCAACAACAAAAACAAAGAACUGAAGACCAAGAAAAUGCCUUUCGCCAAAUCGAGGAUGUGCACAACUAUGCCAAGCUGCAGCAUCAGCAACAGUAUCAUCGUCACCAUAAUCAGCAACAUCAUCCCCAUCUACACAGCAGCAGCAGUGAUGAGCUGGAAGAUGAUGAAGACGACGAUUUCGAUGAUGCUGAUGACGAUGACGAUGAGGAGGAGGUAGCAACAUUGCGUAAAUUAAACAAACAAAACCGUGUCAAUGUGCCUAACAAUCUAAAUGAUGAAGAUUCCGAGGAGCAUGUCGAAGUAGAUGUUGUCACUGUAACACCGACAGCAGCAAAUGCAGCAGCGAUAGCAACGACCGCCGAAACUGCCACAUUAGCAGCAGCAAAAGAACAGGGAUCGGAACAGCAACAGUUGGUUUCAAAGGUCGAUCAGGAUAAUCUGCGACCGGAGCAUCAUGCUCGUCGACCCAUGAAUGCAUUUCUUAUAUUUUGUAAAAGGCAUCGCGCCAUUGUCAAGGAGCGCUACAAAUCGCUAGAGAAUCGAGCAAUUACGAAAAUACUCGGCGACUGGUGGGCCGCACUAGAUGAGCAGGAGAAGCAGUGCUUUACCGAUCUGGCGCAACAAAACAAGGAUGCCUUCUUCAAUGCCAAUCCAAAUUUUAAAUGGUACAAAUUGCCAGCUCCGCCGUUGCGCACGCUAGCCACGCGUCCCAGCAAUACGGCAACCGGACAUCCAAAUGAAGAGCAGCAACACAUGCAACAGCCGCUUCCCUGGCAACCCACUGAAGUGGCACACAUGUUGCGUCGCAAUCUAUUCAAAUUUGCAGACGAGACGCAGAUGGGUGAACUUAAGGUUUUAUUGAGCAGCAAUGCGAGCAGCGUUCAGGAUAAGGAUUAUGCGUUGCAGCAGGCGCUCAGCGAGACGACGCAGUUCAUGAGCGCGCACAUGCCCAGCAACAACAGCAGCAACAUUAGCAAUAAACGCUCUAUGGAUAGUGCAAGCAAUUCAAGCGAAGAAGAGGAUCGAGGAGCAAGCACACCCACCAAGAAGUUUAAAACAUCACGUAGCUGCAAGGGCAAAAUCUAUCAGGAGCUAUUCAAUUCGGGCCAACUGGCGGCCAUAGCCAAGAAGAGCAAAUGUCGCCUCAACAGCGGCGGCAGCAACAAUAGCAACAGCAAUAGCAACAGUAAUAGCAACAGCAUCAUCGAUGGCAACAGCAAUACGCCGCCCAUAUCGCCAAUAGCAGCAUCAACAGCAGCAACAGUUGCAGUUGAUGGGCAACUAUUGCAGCUGGAGGCAACAAUGCGUGCCACGCCCAAUAGACACAGUAAUUGCGAUGCCAAUGAGUUUGAUUUAGAGGAGAAAAUUAAGGAGUUGCCAGCCCUUAGCCUGGAUGCGUAUUUGCAACGUAAGAGAAGCACCAAAAAGAAGAAGAAAUUCAGCAGUAGCAAGAAACAACGCAACAGCAACAGCAACAGCAGUAGCCACUGCAAUAGCACAUCAGCAACAGCAUCUGGCAUAGCAACAGCAUCUGCAACAGCAACAGUUGCAGCUGCAGCAGUUGGCAGCACAACAACAGCAUCUGCUGCUGCUGCUGCCGUGGGCAGCCAGAAGAGAAAGGCUCGCAAGGAGAGCAUUACACGUCGCGAUGUCAGCGCCAUAGAGCAGGAGGUAGCCUCCAUAUUGCCGCUGACAAUCAAUGGCUGUUAUUAUUUUAAUCAAACGCGCGCACAGCCCGCAACAACCGCUGCAACUUCAGCAACAGCGACAUCAGCAACUGUCGCUGCCUCGCCGCUAUCCUCGUCUUCGUCGUCAACUUUUUCCGCUUACGAGCAAAUCGGUUACGAUGUGACCACUACCUCAGAUCUACUCAUCCUGGCCGAAGUGGCCGCGAAUCGUACGGAGCUGACCAAAACCAACUAACAGCAGCAGCAGCAGCAACAACACCAACAACUUUAACUGUUCCAACAAGAAGCAGGACCAUCUGCAGCAGCUAAAUCUAUGGCAAAUGCAUCAACUGUAGCAGCAACAUCUACUGCAGCAGCAACUGUUGCUGUAAUGCAGUUCGCUGUUAAAGCAGUUCAUAGCAGAAUAUUUUUGUUGUGACUGUACUUACGCAUAGUUAUACUAACAGCCAUUGACAACUAAUUAGAAACAACUAAGCGAAUGGUUGCUGCUUUUAUUUUGCAAAAAAAUUGAAACAUCUUAGGUAAAAUUUUAAAAACCCCCGACAUAAGAUCGAGUCAAAAAUGUUCAACAAUUCGUAUUAACGCAAAAGUGCAGUUUAAAAGUCAUCGCAGACGCGAAAUUUUACAUUUUUAAAGUCAUGUUUAAAAUGCUGCUAACUUUUUAGCUGCGUUCAGCACUGCGAACGAGGUAUUUCGCUAAAAUUAAAAACAAUUAGAUAAUCAAAAAUAAUCAAAUUAAAAAAAAGAACUAAAUAAAUAAA